AUGAAUAUAAUAAAUUAUUUAUAUAACAAAAGUAAAAAUAUAUAUAAUAGAAAUAUUAAUUUAUAUAAUUAUAAUAAUAUCGAAAAUGAAAAUUUAAUUGGUAAUUUUGUUGACAAUAAUAAUAGUCAUAGCAGCUCAUCUUUAUCAUCUUCACAUAUUUUAAUAUUAAAUAAGAGAAACUUGAAAAAAAAAAAAAAAAAUAAUAAAAUUAAAAGCAAAAAUGCUGAAAAAAACGUAAUUAUAAAUCUAACUAAUGGUAGAAAAAUUAAAGAAGAAACUAUAAAAAUAAAUAAAAAUGAUAAAAUAAAAAAUGAUGUUGAAGAAAUAUUGGAAAAAUAUAAUAUUAAUAAAAAUAGUUUACAUAAUGAUAAAAAUUUCAAUAAAGAAAGUAAAAAUGAGUUGAAUGAUGAAUUUAAUGCUGAUUAUAUAUCAUUUGACAAAAAAGUUUAUAAAAACAGAUGUGAUGGGAUUUGCACAAUAGAUGAUAACAUAUAUAUAUUUGAUAAAAUAAAAAAAUGUAUUUAUUUAUAUACACCAUAUAAUAAUAUGUGGUAUAUUUUUUUAAAUAUAUAUGAAGAAAUAUCUAUAAAAAAAAACAACAAAAUUACCAUUUCAAACUAUGACAUUAAAGAUGAUAUAGAAAAAAAAAUUGAAAAUUAUAAAUACUUAAAUAAUAUUUCUUUUAUAAAUUACACAGAUGUGGUUUAUUUAAAUAGUUGUAUGUUUAUUAUAAGUAGUAACACACAAUUUAUGAAUAUUUGCAAAGUUAAUGUAAAUAAUAUGAAUACUAUAUUCAGUGCUAUCGUAGUUGAUUCUCUAAAUAAAAACAUAAAAAAUUUUGAACAUAUAUUAAAUAUGUUAAAAAAGAAAAAAGAAAGCUUUUCAGAAUUAUCUUCUGACGAAGAUGAAAUGAUAAGAAAAGAAGAAGAAAAAAAAAAGGAAAACCAUAUAUAUAGUACUAUAGAUAAUUCUAAAAGAAAAAUAAAUUUUUUUAAUCAUAUCUUUUUUCAAUCUGAACAGGAAAUAAAUAAGGAUAAUGAUCAAUUAUCUGUUAUCAAUGAAAAUGAUAAUUAUGAAGAAUAUAUCAAUGGAGUUUCUGAAAUUUAUGAGUUUAUACAUGAUGAAAAAAAAAAUUAUAUAAAAAAAAAGAAAAGAAUAAUAAAAGCUAGAGAUUUCUUUUCAAUUUGUAGUGUUAAUGAAGAAUCUUAUUCGCUGAUUUAUUUAUUUGGAGGAAAAGGAAAUACUAUUAAAAAAAAAAAUGAAUAUAUUGACAUUAUUUAUAAUGAUCUGUAUGUUUAUGAUUUUUUUAAAAACAAAUGGAUUGAGUUACAUCAUUAUAACAGCCAGAAUGGUACAACAAAUUUCUCUUAUGAGAAUUUGAAUGAUAAUAAAAAUGAAGAUAGUUCUAAAAUAAAUAAGAGUAAUUUUUUUUUUGAUUUAAAUAGAAAUGAAAAUUUUAUGAAAUGUAAUGAAAAAAAAUUUAUUGGUGAAAAUUAUAAUGACACUAUAGAAGGUAAUAAGGAUAAUUUAACCUUAUAUUCUGUUAACAGUAUUUGUAGUAAUGAAAAUAAUUUUAACAAAAUAAAUGAAAAUAUGAAUGAUAAACAUGAAAAUGUUAAUAAUUUUUACAAUAAUAAUGUAAACGGAACAUGUAGCAACAAAUAUAUAAAUAAAGAAUUAAAUGGAAAUUGUAAAUUUAAGAAAUAUAACAAUAAUGAAGAUAUAUGUGACCUUAUUUUUGAUUCUAUCAAUAUUUCAAAUGUUCAAGAUAAAAAUAUAGGUUGUGAAAGUAGUAAUAACAAUAAUAAUAUAAAAAACAAGGAGGUAAGUAAAAAUAUAAAAAAAAUUAGUUCAAUUGGAGAAAAAAAUAAUUCAAAUUAUGAAAGAAAAGAUGCAUUUUGCUUUAAAUGCCUAAAUAAUAAAAAAUGUACAUAUAUAUGUGAGUUAAUAAAAAAUAAUAUAAAUAUAAAAAGUAUAAAAUGGUUAGGUAAAAGGGCAGGACAUUCAUGUAUUUAUUAUAAAAAUAAUUUAUAUAUAUUUGGAGGUAUUAAUUAUUAUAGUUUUAAUAGUAACAGAAUAAAUUUAAAUUUUUGUAAUAACUUAUAUUUAUAUAAUAUAGAAUCAAAUAAAUGUUUUGAAAUAAUUGGAAAAGGUACUUUGCCUGAAAAAAGAUAUAGACAUAGUUGUGUUUUAAUUAAUAAUUAUAUGUUUAUAAUAGGUGGAGAAUGUAAAAAUUCUACUCUUCCUAAAAAUGAUAUUUUUUUUUAUAAUUUUUCUAAUUCAGUAUGGUCAGAAAUUAUAAUUAAUUCAAAAAUUAGUUCACACUCCUUAUAUAAGACAGUUUGGCUAGAAAACUUUGGUUCUAUUUAUAUGUUUGGAUCUUCCAUAUUAAGGUUAACAAAAAAAAAUUUUCAAUACACUCCUUCUUAUAAAAAUAAGAAAAAAAUAAUUGAAAAUCAACAUUUUUAA